AAAAACUCCGGACUUCCCAAGGCUCCUCCCAAAGCAGGCAUCGCCUCCGUUUGUUCUCUUCUCUGAAGUACCCGCCAAAAAACAAUACUAAAAACACUUCUCCACCUCAUUCUCCCCUCUCUUUGUCCUUCUCUCUCUCUAUUCUCAAACAAGAAAAAAGAAAAAAAGAAAAAAGGAAAAAAAAAAAACAUGGGCAUCCCCAAAACACCACAAGUUCCUUCAUCUCCAAAGAAGAAGAAAUCAACAACCCUAGAUUACCUCUUCAAGCUCGAAGCCUCACAGGAAUCCCCUACCGAUGAUCUCCUCUCUUUAAUCUCCAACUGCAACACACUCUUCACGUUCAGAAACCCUUCAGAGUCUCCUUCACUCCAAGACCUAAAGCGCCAUAGCCUCCUCCACAUCCUCUCCAUCCUGCGAACCUCCAAAUCGCGAAUCAACCCUCUCAUCCUCUCUCCCCUCUUCUCAAUGAUUUCAACCAAUCUUUUCCGCUCACUUCCCGCAACUGGCUUCCCUUUCCUCUCCUCUGAGUACUCCUUCGAUGAUGAUGCGCCUCCAAUGGUUCUCUCUCCUUUAUGGCCACAUUUACAUAUUAUAUACGAUAUCCUCUCUGUUUUAAUCGCAAAUAUUGAUCCUAUAUCCCUUCAAUCGCAUAUCGACAACCCUUUUCUUCUCAAUUUACUUACACUAUUCCAAUCCGAGGAUCCUAGAGAACGUGAUCGAUUGAAGAACAUAUACCACCAAUUAUACUCCAAAAUGACCAACAAAAGAUUGUUCAUGAGACGAUCAAUGAGCAAUACAUUUCUACACUUUGUGUUUGAGGCAGACCGACAUUGUGGAAUUGGAGAACUGUUAGAGAUAUGUGGGAGUAUAAUUAAUGGGUUUACAACCCCAUUGAAGGAAGAACAUAAGGUUUUCUUGAUGAGGGUUUUGAUCCCGCUGCAUAAACAAAAGGGGAUGUGUAUGUAUUAUAGGGAGUUGUCUUAUUGUGUAACGGAGUUUGUGCAGAAAGAGCCCGAUCUUAGCACAGGGGUAGUAAAGGGCAUACUGAGGUGUUGGCCGAUGACAAAUUGUACCAAGGAGAUUUUGUUGAUCGGGGAGCUUGAGGAUUUGGUGGAAGUUAUGGAGGCUGAGGAGUUUGAGAAGGUUGCGGGGGUUUUGUGCUCACAGAUUGCUAGGUGUUUGAACAGUUGCAAUUCUCAGGUAGCGGAAAGGGCUCUCUACAUCUGGAACAACGAGCACUUUGUGCGAAUGGCAUGGCGAUGCAUAGAGGUCAUUCUUCCUUCAUUAGUCCAAGCCAUCGAGAAGAACAUAAACUGGCACUGGAACAAGUCGGUCCAGAAUCUGACAGCGAGCGUGAAGAAAAUGCUCGAAGAAAUGGAACCUGGGCUUUACUCAAAGUGCCUUGAGGACCUUAACAUACAAGAAACCAUGGCAGGGGAAGAGAAGAAGAGGAGGAAGGAGAUGUGGAAGAGGCUUGAAUGUGCUGCUUCAGAUGAGAAUUUGUUCCAGGCUACUAAUUCUUCGUGUUCCACAUUAAGAUUUGAGUGUUUCUAAUGUGUUUCUGAAUUAUUAUGAAUCCACGAGUUUGGAUAUUUUGAUGUCAUAGAAGUUAUACACAUAAACACAGACCCAUUCACCUACGUCUCACACAUACAAGAUGUUGGAAAUAUAUUGCUGUAAAGAUCAAUAGCAAUGACAAAAGAGGGAGAGAAAGACUUAUCAAUUAACUGCUGUGUCGUGGUGAUAACUACUAACUUGAAAAACAAUUUUGUUCCAAGAGCGAUGCAAAUCGGCUACUCGGCCCCAAAGGUUAACAGAGUACCAUUGAAUCGAGUUCACUCGCAAUUGAAGGACCAGAACUUGCUCAAAUAUUUGCUGGGAGAAAUAGAAAGAAUCAACAGAAUAGAAGAAGAUUUC